AUGGGCAACCAGGUGAGCACUCCUGCCGCGGCCGACGCUGCUGCUGCCAGCAAGCAGGGCGGCUGCCCGGUGCAGCACGACGCCAAGAAGGCGACGACCGACGGAUGCCCCGUGCAGCACGACAGCGCCAAGAAGAUUGAGGGCUGCCCGGUGCAGCACGACAAGAAGCCGACCGUGGCCGACGCCAUGGCUGGCGGCUGUCCUGUGGUGAAGGAUGGCAAGGUGGAGAGCGAGGUCUACAACGUGUACGGCCAGCGCAUCGACCCGACCAACAUGAUGCCGUACAACCCGAACCAGGACCCGAACGACGAGCAGCGCUACCCGCUGCCGCAGGAGCGCGUGCAGUCCACGAUCCCCAAGGGCGGAACCGAGGGCACGUGGCUGUACCCGUCGGAGCAAAUGUUCUUCAACGCGCUCCAACGCAAGGGCAAGGGCGAGGACGUGCACGAGGGCGACGUGAAGGCGAUCGUGUCCAUCCACAACAACAUGAAUGAGCGCGCCUGGGCGCAGGUGGAGCACUACGAGAAGGUGUGCCACCCGGACCUUGAGAGCUCCAAGCUGCUCAAGUUCUGCGGUCGUCCUGACAAGCUCACGCCCAUUGCGUGGAUCAAGAGCAUGCUCGGAUACGGCGAGCCCUUCGACCGCCACGACUGGACGGUGCUGCGCAGCGACAACACCCAGGUGCGCUACGUGAUCGACUACUACUUCGACGAUGACAAGUCUGCGCAGGACGAGGUGCCGGAGCUGCACUCGGCCGACAAGGUCAAGAGUAUUUCCAUGUAUGCGCGUCCCGCGGUGGACUCGGUGGGCGCUCUCGUCGACCGCAUUAAAUUCCCCGUGAUGGCUUUCAUCAACGAUAUGAAGGGACCCGAUAUCACUGCUCGAUCUGCGCUGGUGGAGCGUGCCCAGGAGGAGAAGGACGCGCCGGAGCCGCUCUCCGUGGAGGAGGUUGAGCAGACCUUUGCGAAGAUCAAGGACACGUGCAAGAGCUGCAUGCAGGAGGUCAAGACGUGCAGUAACGAGGUGCAGUGCUCGCAGGCAGCGAUGGCCCUGCAGCUUUGCAUGGGCCGCAUCAUCUGCCCACCGCAGGCGGCUGCGUUUACCAAGGCGCUUGAGGGCGGCGAUGAGUCCGCAGUUGAGUCUGCUUUCGAGGCCAUGAACAGCAGUCUGGAGCAGUUCCAGGAGCGUGGCGCUAGUGCGAUGCAGGAACAGGCUGUGCGCGAGUCCCUGGCCAAAAAGUAG